GGUUGGGGGGAGGGGGGGGGGGCGAUGCACGAAAACAAAAUGUGUUUUUGAUGCCACUACGGGAUUGAAAAAAUAAACCCAUUCUUGCUUUGGGCUGUUUUUCUGAAUGGACCAGUGACGCGAACAUCCACUUGGCGAGGAUGGACAACUGAUGAGAGUGUUUUUUUUUUUUUUUUCACUGGUCCAGGCAAUCCUUGUUUUCCCAUCGCGCCCUUUUCAUUGGUCAGAAUCGUUUUUUUCUCGGGCUGAAGCGUGACAUCAUCUCCACCGCUCGACCUACGCGUCGGAGAACCAGCAGACUACAGAUGAUGCCGGACACCUUCAGAGGGCGCACGCAUAUUUGCGCACCUUUACGCUCUGCUUUCGGAAGCUAAACGUUUGGAAUAAUUUGGGAGUUGGUGGUUUUUUCGACGAGAUCACAGCCGGUGAUGGCCGUGCUCUCCUUUUCGGGCGCUCCUUUUUGUGAAUGGAGAUGAGUCGUGCGUAAAAAUUGGACCUCUCGAGUAGGUUGGUUUUUUUUUCUACCCCCCCCCCCCCCAACCUCCCCCAGGAGCGGUCACUCGGUUGCCAUCUGUUUGCGGGUGGACAUUUACUAUGACAUUGGGCUCGGAUAUCAUGGAGGAUCUCGUAAUCGACGUGGUGGGAGAAGGACUCCGAGAUAACGCGGGGGAGCCCCUCGAGGUGGAGCGCGGCGCCGCGGACGCCGCGACACCUCCCGGGGAGGAGCGGGACUCGGACUCGUGCAGCCCUCCGCAAGCGAGCCCCGCUAAAACCAAAGGUCCCGUGUCGGUGAAGCCCCCGUACUCGUACAUCGCCCUCAUCACCAUGGCCAUCCUGCAGAGUCCGAAAAAGCGCCUGACCCUCAGCGAGAUCUGCGACUUCAUCAGCCACCGCUUCGCUUAUUACCGCGAGAAGUUCCCCGCUUGGCAGAACUCGAUCCGCCACAACUUGUCCCUCAACGACUGCUUCAUCAAGAUGCCCAGAGAGCCCGGGAACCCCGGCAAGGGCAACUACUGGACCCUGGACCCCAACUCCUCCGACAUGUUCGAGAACGGCAGCUUUUUGCGCAGGAGGAAGCGCUUCAAGCGGCAACAUUUCCGCUACAAGGAGCACCAGCACCAGCACCACCGCGCGGAGCCCGGCGCCCCGCACGCCUUCCCCCACGGACACUACGGGCUGGGGACGCCCGCCCUGCAGCUCCCCGCCCUGGAGCUGUACCCCUACAUGCAACAACAUCACCACCACCACCACCAUCAUCACCGCGCGGCCAUCCCGCCGGUCAGCAGCAUCCUACCGGCUCUUUCCAGCUUCUUCUCCCGGAGCGCCGUCACAGCCAAGGCCUUCCUGCAGUCGCAGCCGGGCAUGGAAGCCUUCUCGGCGGCGCACUGCACCGCCUACUCCGCCCCGAUGACGCCCGCAGCAGCUUUCGCAUCCCCGGCGCUUUUCCACCCGGCCGUGUCCUCCUCGCCUCACUUGGUCACCUUACAGCAGGAGUAUCACAAGUUGCACAGUCAGCUGGCCGCCAAACGCGUCGGCGACCGUGACAAUGAAUAAACCGCGUCGGCUGCGCUUACGGACCGUUUACUUUUUCUCAGGUAAAAAAAAUAAUAAUAAAAAUUAAAAAAGGCCGUUUCCAUCAUAAAAUGUUUUAUUUUUUUACGCUUGUACAUACAUGAUACAGUCUUCAUUUCUUAAACGGUGAUCAAUCGAAUGUCUAAACGACAGGUUUUCCUGGAAAUAAAUAAAAAAGGA